GUUGCGGAACACAGCUGCUUAAGUCCGUCGCACAUUUCGAUCAUACUAAGUCCACCAUGGACUGUGUCUAAUACAAACACAAGAUAAGUGAAUAUAAAUACAAGAGUAAACCUCGAGACAGUCAGUACAUCUACUGCUUACCAGUCAGGAAACAAUAAUUCGUUCUAUCAUCAACUCAAAUCCCAACCUCGCAAUAACAAACACCAUUUCAGUUGAAGCAGCAACAAAUUAAACAACAAUGAAUAAUCUUAUCAAGGAUGCAUCACAGAUCCCCGUGGGCGACUCGAAUAUAACACUUUCUAUCAAUCGAGUUACAAUACCUGCACCGGAACGUGGUGCUCCUCUGGAGGUACGGAUAACUGCGCCAACAACUGGCAAAGACUUACCCAUUGUUUUGCUAUCACAUGGUCAUGGACCAUCGCUCUAUAUUCCCUCGAAAGAUGGCUACGCACCUCUAGCCAAUUUCUACGCGGAGCACGGCUUUGUUGUCAUCCAACCCACCCACGCAAACUCGAAGGUUGCGGGCCUCAAAUCUGAUGGCCCAGGAGGUCCGCUGUUUUUUGAGUCUCGCCCGAAAGAGAUGUCGCUCAUCUUGGAUAAUCUCGACGAGAUCGAAGCGCAAGCAUCGUUCUUAGCAGGACGGAUCGACCGUGACAAGGUCGCCGUCGUCGGACAUUCCUUGGGCGGCGCCACUGCAGGGCUUCUCCUCGGCGCCACAUUCAACGACCCCAAGGCCAACAUCUUGAAUGUAGACCUGAGCGAUUCGCGCAUCAAGACGGGUGUGCUUCUAGGUGCACCGGGCAACGGCGGAGACAGUCUCAAUGAGUUUGCGAGAGAGAAUUACUCGACUGUGAUGAACACGGGCUGGACACAUCUUAACACAAAAACGCUUGUCGUUAUUGGAGAUGCUGAUCACUCUAAGAAUUUCACAGACCGUGGACCCGAAUGGCAUGCUGACCCGUUCCAUCACGGCCCCGGUGCGGAUUAUUUGCUGACGUUGCACGGUGGCGGUCAUGGGUUUGGGGGCGUCGCUGGUUGGGAUGCGAAAGAGACGGAUGAUGAGAAUGCAGAGCGAUUGGCGGUCACCCAGCGAAUGACUUGGGCGUAUCUCUUGUCUGCGUUAUACCCCGAGAAUGCUGCUUGGGAAAAGGCUUGUAAGGCACUGAAAGACAAGGCUAGUGAGCAUGGUCACAUUACUUCAAAGUAAUAUUAGAUGGUUACAAUUUUAUUUAUCAACCUACUAGGUUAUUAUCAUCUCCAAUCACAAUUAGUUUACCG